CGUACGGACUCAGACGCACUCUCGGCACUCCGAGAACAGCGAGACAGUACUGUUCGAAUAGAGAGUAAUAUAAACGUCCAACGUUUUCGAUUGUGCUUUUGAUUUCGAACCGAUUAUACGUUAACGAGAUACACGUUAACAAGAGAACACCGCGGAUUCCCCUAGAGCCUUGAUCGAAUCGUCGAUCGGUGAUUCGGCCCGGGAUCAACGCAGGACAUCCGCAGAAGAAUCCACUCUCACUAGACUCAGUUAUCUCUUGUUUUGUGACCAGUGACAAUAUAAAGUGUGAUCAUGUCACCGCACACGGGUUACACGCCGGUCAGCGGCAUGGAGUACGAGGAACCAGUGUCGCGCACUUAUCAGUACCGCAAGGUGAUGAAGCCGAUGCUGGAGCGCAAGCGACGUGCUCGUAUCAAUCGUUGCCUGGACGAGCUGAAGGAUCUGAUGGUGACCGCGCUGCAAGCCGAGGGUGAAAACGUGGCGAAGUUGGAAAAGGCAGAUAUCCUCGAGUUGACGGUGCGUCAUCUUCACACGCUACGCGCUGCCAGGAGACUCACACUCACGCCGGAAAAUAGCUACGCCGACCGAUUUCGCGAUGGCUUCACCCAGUGCGCCCAGGAAGUGUCAACUUUCCUAUCGACGCCGGUCGCUGCAGCGGUGCAUCCCGCCGCGGGUGCUCAGCUCAUGCGACAUCUCGGUGGCUGCCUUCGACGACUAGAGGGUCCAGCUGGUACCAAGCAUGCGCUGCCGACGGCAACCUCGGCAGCUGCGACGACAACGACUCAAGCGCCGACGGGCCAGACAAACGUGCCCCAGAACGUGUACACUCCUCCGCAGAGCCCUGUCAGUGUCGCGAGCUCCUCCGGUGAGUCUUCGGAGUCUUCCAACGCAGUUUGGAGACCCUGGUGAUGAGGCAAUCAAACGACAAUGUACACCAUCCUGAGAUCUCCGGAGCGGACGUUCGAAGUGAUCGAGACGGACAAUCCAAUGACGAAGGAUCCUCCCGCUGAAUAGCACCAGGAGAAAAACGACGAAUCGCUGUCUUCCAAAAGAAACUUUUUGACGAAGUCUCAUUGAGAAUUCUUUGAGAACUUUUACUUCUUUACGCGGUUUACUCGGUCGCAUUGUACAUAGGUGAUUAAAGCUUUAAGUGACGUCUGUGAUAGGGUUCCAUUUUGUACCUGAGAUGACUAUUUUCUUGUAAAACAUAGCGACUAUUAUAUAGAUGUUAACUUGUUAUGUUUAAGAACCUUUUUCGACGUAAUGCCGUCCGGCGUCUCUGUUGAGGCCGUCGGGCAGUAUCAUCAUCAUCAUCAUCAAUAAACGUCUUGUUUCAAUGAUAAACGAUAUCGAAUCACCACCCACAAUAUAUUCCGCAUCCUUCUCUUCUUUAUUAAUCUUCUUAUAACGACAGAAUCAUAGAUAUAUGAAAAGGCUAUAUGAC